AUGAAGGCUCCUAAACCAUUGACAAUUGUCAUAAAACUCGGAACGAGCUCUAUUGUGGAUGAGAAGACCCACGAGCCUCUUCUUUCUAUCUUAUCUCUCAUUGUUGAGACGGCUGUCAAGUUGCACAAAGAUGGCCACAAAGUCGUUAUUGUCUCUUCUGGGGCUAUUGGAGUGGGUCUAAGGCGAAUGGAUCUUGAAAAGAGACCAAAACAUCUUCCUAGAAUUCAGGCAUUAGCGGCCAUUGGUCAAUGUCGACUCAUAAGCCUUUGGGACAGCUUAUUCGGUCAUCUGCGUCAACCAAUCGCCCAAAUCCUGCUCACAAGAAACGACAUUGCAGAUCGUACACAAUAUCUGAAUGCUCAAAAUACAUUUGCAGAGCUCCUUGAGAUGGGCGUUAUCCCAAUAGUCAACGAAAACGACACCAUUGCUGUCUCAGAAAUCAAGUUCGGAGACAAUGAUACCUUGUCAGCUAUCACAGCAGCAAUGGUGCAUGCAGACUAUCUAUUUCUCAUGACAGACGUCGAUUGUCUGUAUGACAAGAACCCUAGAACCAAUCCGGAUGCUCAAGCCAUUGAAGUGGUAGAGGACAUCGCAGCUCUGCAAGCUGAUGUAUCAAGUGCAGGGUCAGCCCUAGGCACAGGCGGGAUGUCCACCAAAAUCGUCGCCGCACGCCUCGCAACUUCAGCAGGAGUGACAACAGUCAUAACUCGCUCAUCCAACCCAGGCAAUAUUGUCAACAUCGUACGCUACGUGCAGAAUCUGAAAGCCGCAUCCGGGUCUCUGCCAUCUACCCCCCCAUCUGGAAAAACCAUAUACUCGACAUCUGCAUCUCAUGAGGAUCCACUUGCUCGAUCAACUGCUUCUCUGGAAGCUGCUGUUGUUGCCCCACUACAUACCCGCUUCAUUCCAUCGCCACAACCUAUCCGUGAUCGGUAUUUCUGGCUUCUGCACGGUCUUGCUCCUCACGGUACAGUAUAUAUCGAUGCCGGAGCACAUCGAGCUCUAGCAGAUAAGGCGGGAUUACUCCCUGUAGGAGUUGUAGACGUAGAAGGUGCAUUCGCGCAGCAAGAAGCUGUGCGUGUUGUCGUGGUUGAUCGAAUCCCUAAAGAAGCUCUUCAAAGCGGCGGAUUGGCACCGAAGCUAUGGGAAGGGCCUGGGAUGGAGGUUGGAAGAGCACUGGUCAACUACAGUGCAGCGGAGAUCAUGCGGAUCAAGGGAGUCAGGAGCAGCGAGAUUCAGGGAUUGUUGGGUUAUGCGGACAGUGAAUAUGUUGCACUUCGGGAGAAUAUUUCGUUCUUUGUUAGGGAGAGUAGACCAGUUACACCAAGUCUGGAGCUUAGAUAG